AUGUAUCGUUAUGGUCAUGUGCGAAGAAAAAUAUGUCCAAGUAAUAAAAUUGGUGUAUUGGAUAAUAAAACAUCUAUUGGAACGCAAACGUUUUACCCAUUUGAAUACUUUGAGGGUGAAAAAUUGUAUGUAACUAAAGAUAAAAGAAGACCAACGUCUUGGAGGAGAUGUCUUUCAUGGAUAGUAGCAUGUGCUGUUAUAUCAGCUGUUUUAAUUGUAGCUAUUUUAGCUGGAACUGGAUUAAUAUUGUCACAAGAACCAAAUAUGGUUAAGGAAGCUUCAGUUGGUAGGAAUUUUGCUGGAGCUGACUUGAAACCUGUAGUUACCAAUGGAUCUGAUACAUCAACUUCUGUAUCAGGGCUUUCACCCACUAGCAACAUGACUCAUGAUUAUGUGCCAAGAUCAAUUGAAUCAGAACUGGUAAUAGAUAAUUUAGAAUGGAAUCCUGCAUUUUUAAAUAAAGAUUCAAUGGAAUAUCAAGAACUUGCAUCAAUUAUGGAAGAUCAGCUCAAAAUGAUUUUGUUUGAUAAUAGUAAUGGAGAUCUUCAGUUUGCUGAAUCAAAUGUAGGAUUAAAUGUUGUCAACAUUAGUCAAGAUCCAUUUAAAGUCUUCUAUAGAAUUGGAUGGAAUUAUAAACAAGAUGGUGACAAUGAAAAUGGUGAUAAUGCAAAUGGUGGUACUAGAAAAGAACCAAUUACUAUGGAAGAUGUCAAAAUGAAAUUAAUUAAUAAUUUGUCUAAGAAUCAGGGUUACAUAGACAAAUAUCAUAUUAAUAUGGAUGGAAUUAAAGUUGGCCAUGUUAUUAAUGCUUGUGAAAUCGAAAAUGGCGGAUGCUCUCACAUUUGUUAUUAUAACUAUCUAAAUCAACGAUUUACUUGCACGUGUCCUACUCAUUUAGUUUUAGAUAAAAGUUUAAAGAAUUGUAUUGAAUGGGAAGGAUCAUCUGAACAAGAUUACUCUUCAGUACCUGAUCGAACUGUUUAUUCUGGAGUUCAGUUUGAAUCUCCUCAAUUUAAUCAAAAUGGUCACCAAUCUUCCGGUCAAGAAACAGGUGGACAGAAUCAUGAAGAUCAUAUGCAUGAGCAUGGUCAACAAUCUCAUGAGCAAGGACUGAAUGAAUACGAUCACGGUGAUCAUCAUAUGCAUGAUCACGGCACAGGGCAACAUGAUCACACUCAUGGUCAAGAAAUGAAUGAAUACGAUCACGGUGAUCAUCAUAUGCAUGAUCACGGCACAGGGCAACAUGAUCACACUCAUGGGCAAGGAACGGAUGAAGACAACAAUGGAGACCAUCAUAUGCAUGAUCACGGCACAGGGUCACAUGAUCACAUUCAUGGGCAAGGAACGGAUGAAGACAACAAUGGAGACCAUCAUAUGCAUGAUCAUAGUACUAUGGAACAUGAUCACAUUCAUGGGCAAGGAAUAAAUGAAGACCACAAUGGAGAUCAUCAUAUGCAUGAUCACGGUACAGGGCAACAUGAUCACUUUCAAGGGCAAGGAAUGAAUGAAGAUAAUCUUGGAAACGGUCAUGUUCAUGAUCAUGGUACAGACGAACAUAAUCACUUUCACGGGCAGGGGAUGAAUGAAGAUAAUCUUGGAAACGGUCAUGUUCAUGUCCAUGGUACAGAUGAACAUAAUCACUUUCAUGGACAGGGAAUGAAUGAAGAUAAUCAAGGAGAUCAUCGUAUGCAUUAUCAAAGUGUAGAUGAGCAGGGUCACAUUCUUGUUCAAGAAACAAACGAAGACAAUAAUGGAGUCCAACAUUCGCAUACUCAAAACUCGGAUCAAGACCAUCAACAUCCAAGUUAUUCGUCAAAUGAACAAGCCGAAAGAUCCAAUGAACAUGAUUCUACUGUUUUCGAACACAAUGAGCAUAUACACGUUCCAAAUUUAAAUGAACACGACCACAAAUCUGAAGAACAAGAUUCAGUGGAAUCAGGUGAAAGAAAUGAAAAUUCGCAAGGUGUCAACGUAAAUGAAAAUGAUACUCAAAGUCCAGUAUCAGAAGCAGGCGAACACGAUCAUACAAAUCAAUUGUUACAAAACUCCCCUUCAUCGUCAAAUGAAGACCAACAAUUUAAUGGGCAGGAUACAACUGAACAAUCGGGUAUUACGGUCGAUCAAUCAGUUCCAGGUCAAUUCGGUGAACAUUCUGUCGGUAAUGAUGAAACUGAUGGUAAAAACGAGGAAAACAAAGGAAGUACUGAAAGUGAAAAUGAAUCCAAUACGGGAACCGAAAAUCAGCCAACUGAAAUAACUGAACAAAAUAAUCAAUCACCUAACGAUGGUUCAAAAGAGCACGAUCCGAAUUCUUCUUUAAGUAAUGAAGAAACAAAUAAGGAUCACAAAGACGAUUCUUUUUCUACUGAUCGAACUUUUAUUGGAUUACAACCGGGAGUUCAUGUUAAUAAUAACGAAGAAACACCUGUCACAACUGAUCCGUCAUUCAUUUCUCAUUCAUCACCUAAAUCGGGUGAAGUUCUUUUGGGGUCAAGAUCAACGGGUGGACCUGAAAUGGAGCAUACUACAAUUCCCUUUUCUGGACAUUCUCUAGAUGAAAUUCAUGACUCUACUAACUUACCGGAAACAUCUGUUAACGACAGCAACGAAAAAGAAGAACAACCCAAAUCGAUUUUAAAUUCAAAUUUAGGAAGUGAGGAUUCAUCGUCAAAAGAUUCGACGGAUCCCAACGAUCACGAAUUUUCUACGGAGAAACCAAAUUUCGAUACCGUCGAUUCCAAUCAACCUUCUGACAAUCAGACAUUUUCGGGAGAAAAUCAGGAAGCGGGUAUUAAUUAUAAUUCUGAUAAAAAUAUGUCAGAUCAAAAUACUGAUGGUGGGAAAAAUUUAAAUAUUGACAAUUCCACUGCGCAAUUUUCUCCUUCUGAAAAAGAAUUCGAAAACAACACUCCUAAUUUAAAUUCUCAAGAUAAUACUCAUUUAUCCGAGGACAAAUCGCCAAAUGAUUUUUCUCAAACGGAACAAUCGGAGAAUCCAAUGGAAAAAACAAAUAUGCCUAAUGAACAUCACGUUCCUUUAUUGGAAGAUAUUUUACUUCGCGAAUCGAGUUUAAACGAUACCGAAAAACCUCAGAAUUUUACUAAUAACGAUGGCCAAAGCUUUUUAAAUAACGUUGAACGGAACGAAAAUGGAGAGCCGGUCGUGGAAGAAAUUAUAGUCGAUAAAUCUAGUCCAGAUAAUGACACAAACUCUAGUGCUGCCGUUGAUAUGAUUAAUAAAAAUACUUCAGAUGAUAAGACUGAUUCAGAAACGACUACGAAACCAAACGAUCGCGAAGAAAAUUUGACUAUUCCAUUCACGGAUGUCAAUGAAGAAAAAAAAACAAUUUCUUCCGAUUCUUUAAAUCCUGAUAAUCGUGAAGAUGGACUUAAAAAAUCAGAAUCCGUUGAAUUCGAAUCUAAUUUGUCGGAAGAAAAUUCGACGAGUGGUGCCGGUACAAUAUCUUCUGAUGAAACGUCAAAAACGGAUUCCACCAAUCCUUCUAUCAAUAAAGAAUCUGAUCAAUUAACAUCUGAUGUCAAUUCCGAAUCUGGACAUGUUCAUGACACGACAACGGAACCUAACUUGGCAAAUCACGUCUUUCACGAAACAACUAUUCAUCCAAAAGAAGAAUAUGAAGGCUACACGGUACCCGUAGCCGUCAUAUCGGAUUUUUCCGUCGACGAACCUGAACCGUUUAUUAAAAAUAGGAAAAAUGUUGGUGAAUCCGUAAAUUCUCAAAGUUCAUCUACAGAAAAUUCAAUACCUACCUCUCAGAGUACGUUGAAUAAAAAUCCUGAAGGAAGGGAAGUUCCAACAACUGAUAAUCACAACGAUAUUGAGAUAAAGAAUGUUCAUAUUCACUCGCCGUCGGAUUCCACGAAUGAAAAUUCUACUCUUUCGCCUUCAGAUGAAAAUACUGAAAAAGAUUCAAAAUCGUCAGAAAAUGAAAGCAGCACUCCUAUUCAUUCCUUAGAAGAUGCAACUGGUAAUAAUAAUAAUUCCGAAGAACAAAAAAAUUCACCGAAUCAUCAAAAUACUGACGAAUUUUCUAAUAAUAUUAAAGAUGAUGGAACUGAUAAUGACAAUGAAGAAUUCAACACGCUUUUAGAUAAAGAUUACAAAAACAAAAAUGAAUAUUCUACCGAUGGAAAAGAAGUUUUAAAUAAGUAUCUCAAUAAACAAACCUUUUUGAAAGGUGACAAGAAAAAAUUAAAAGAUCUUGUAAAAGGAGACAAAUACGACGGUGAUAAAAAAAUAUCUGAAGAAUCUACUAAACCCUCGGUAACCCCCGAAGAUAUUAUCCUACAAAAACACGUUAACGAAAACGGUUUCGAUUUGGAUUAUAAUAAUCAAUUCCAUACUGAACACACGACGAAAAGUUUAGGAAACAUUGCCAAGCCUGAAGAUGGAGUACCGGUUUUAGCAUUCAAACCUGAAGAUAUAGAAAAUCACGAUAUAAGCGUACUUCAGACUGUGUCUCCAGGUGUAAGACACGAAACUCAUUUCGUUCCAGGAGUUCACGAAGAUGAAAUACAAAAGACCGUUAUUCCUGAAACCACUCCCGAAACCGGAUUUGUAAACGAAGGCAGCGCAGAAGAAACUCCCAAGACUUUGUCCAAUGACUUUACCGUCGUGAAUGAUCACGAAAAUCCAAGGGUUAUUUCAUCGGAUAAUAGUUUUGGCGACGAUGACACGGAUAAUAUCGAUAUUGAGACGUCGAAAACAAAAAUAACCGAUAACAAAGAUGGAGACGUUAAAGAUAAAGAAUAUGGAAAAUUCGAUAAGGAUUAUAAAUACGAAAAACAAAAAGGCGCGAAGAAAAAAGAUAUAAAAAAGAAGGGAAGUUCUAAGGACGGUAAAAAUGUUGAGCUAGAUGAUAAUAAAAAAUAUUAUUCCGACAUUAAAGAUCAAGGAACUGGAAGAAGUGGCACUUUAGCCGGAAGUACUUUAUUUGAAGAUUCGAAAGAAAUGUUUGAUUCAACCAAAAUGCCUGACGAUAAGGAUAUUAACACGAGUACAGAAUCCGAUUCCGAAGAACAAACAACGGAAAUGAACAAAAAUUCUAGUUCGGAAAUAACUUCCUCUUCUGAUUCGGAAUCAAAUGCGAAAAACAAUGCCGACGGAAUGAAUGGAGAUUCUGCUAAAGAAGAUAAAUCGGAAAGUGAUGAUUCAACAAUGACUACCCUAAAGACACCCACGUCGGGAGACAUUUCUCAAAGCGGAAGAUCAUUCAACGGUGAAGCACCAAAAGAGCCUGUUCAAGAAGGUGUAAUUUCAAAUGUUGAUGGUGAAAAAUCGAAAUCAACGUCGGUAUCUUCUGUACAAGAUGGUGAACAGAAAGAUAACGAUGAAGGAACAAAGACUUCUGAAAACAGCGGAGAAACGAACACUAUGAAACACGACGGUGAAGAAUCCACCGAACAACCAACCGAAACAUCGUUUUCAUCAAGUGAAAAAAGCAAAGUCGACGCUGAAAAUCCUGAAAACGGUUCCGAACAAGUUUUAACAAGGAGUCAUAAUUUUGAUGGUAACCAAAGAUCUCCAGCAAGCGAUGUAAACUCGGAAGAAAAUGAACGUACGACUAUCUUACCAGAAACUGUUUUAAGUGGACAAAAUCCCGUUACAUCCGAAGAAGGUGGUUCUGGUUACGUUUCCGUUCCCGGUACGAUCCACCAUUCAACUGGAGAAAAUGAAAAUAGCAGUUUAAAUCCGCAAGGUGUUAAAGUUGAUCAAGUCGUUUCACCCGACGGACAAAUUAUGAUAACCGGAAGUCAAAUUCCUGGUAGUGAUUCCCAUAACAUCAGUAUGGUAAAUUCCGAUUCUGCUGGAAUUGCCUACAAUCAGCCAUCAUCUGGAAGCGAAGCCGAAAACAGUUCUUUUAUUUUAAAUCCGAGCUUGACACAUUCGGGAUUCAACAUUAAUCCCGUUCAUGCCACUUCUAAUUUCGAUCCAAAUUCAUCAAACGGAAAUUCGGAUUCCGCGCAAGCUAACGGAAAUUCUUUCAACCAACAUUUGGCAACCGAUUCGAAUUCGUUGCCUCCCAAUUUUAAUCCAUCGUUUUCAACUUCGAAUGGGGAGUCUGUUCGAUUUGACGUCAACUCCAAUCCAUCUUUUUCUUCCGAAGUUUCAAAUUUCACAACUGGUUUCGAUCCUUCGAAUUCUAAAAUAGCUAAUUCGGGUUUUGCGUAUUCCACGGGUGGUUCCGGUCCCACAAUUUCGUUUUCUAAUUCCAGUUCGGAAACUCCAGACGUCAUUUUACAAGGUGGCCCUCAUCCGAACGUUUAUCGAGUUGGCUCGGUAAAUUCGACCAAUGGUUUGCCACAAACAUUCAACUUCAAUGUAAGCUCUCAUCCGAACGGAUUUCUAUUCAAAGUUUUCAAUUCGUCAUUUUCAAACGGAAACGCGUCGGGUCAUUCGAAUUUUCCAUCAAUCGUAAAAAUCGGUCAGAACGGAUUUCAUCAAAACGGUUCAGCUUUCAACGCUUCUGAUUUUUCAACAUUUAUAAGCUCUUUCCCUCAAAACGGAAAUUCCACGACGACCGUGUAUAGAUUGGAAAACGGAUCCCUUCCAGGAACUGUUUUCGACGGUCACUUCAAUCCGCAAGAGGGUCAUUAUCACAUGCUGACCAACGCUUCUGGAACUUUUGUAUAUUCUUCGAAUGAACCCGCGUUCGUGAUUAAAGGUGACAGUGGAGAUUUCGGACGUUCCACAGUGUACAUUUUGGGAAAUAAUUCUACCGCGAACGGAAGUCACGGAAACUUCACCGUUUCACCUCAUAGCGUAUUAUUUAGGAAUUCGUCCGUUUUUACCGUAAGGAAUUUAACGGAAAAUGGAGUGCCCAACUUGGUGCACUUGCAGGGAAACGCCUUCCAAACAAACGGACAGAAAUCAAAUCAAUCGUUUCAAUUUACUCCAAGUAAUUUCGCUGCGGGAACAACAUAUAAAGUCGGAGAUUAUUUCGGUUACAUAUCUAAAUGCGUUGCAGGUCAAUUCCAAUGUUUGAACGGAACGUCAAAACGUGGGUCCGCUUGCAUCAAUCUUUCAUCCAAGUGCGAUUCCAUAAACGAUUGUUCGGACGGUUCAGACGAAAUCGGAUGCAUUGAAAACGGAUGUCCUGGAAAUUUCCAAUGCGCUGAUGGAACUUGUUUGAAAAGACAUUUGGUGUGCAACGGAAUCGUCGACUGCAGCGACGGAAGCGAUGAAAAACAAUGCGACCAGUGGAAAUGCGAAUUCGACGAAUUUCAAUGUCCUUCCGGUAGAUGCAUCCCGGUGGUGUGGCAGUGCGAUAGCAAAGCGGAUUGCGAUAAUCACACCGAUGAGCUUAACUGUCAACGUUCUUGCGGAAACGACGAAUACCUGUGUCCCGAAGGUUGGUGCAUUCCACUGUCUUACAAAUGCAACGGCGUCAAAGAAUGCAGCAACGGGGAAGAUGAACAAUUGUGCGAUUGCUCUCUUGAUCAAUUUAAAUGUCAAUCCGGAGGCUGCGUUUCAAAAUCUCAAGUUUGCAACGGUAUCGACGAUUGUCCGGACAGGAGCGACGAAUGGGAUUGCGUGAAAAUAAAUUCGAAUUCGAGUUUAUUAGAGAUAAGGACCGCAUCUGGUGAAUACGAACCCGUUUGCGCGGACGAUUGGUCGACGACUCGUUCCGAUCAAGUUUGCGCAUUUUUAGGUUAUUCUUCGUCUGCUCCGUUAGAAAAUUACAAUUCGAUGCCGUUAUCGAACGUCGAAUCAUUUUACAAAUUGAAAAACGUUACGACUGAAGACAUAAAUAAUAAUUUCAUUGUUAAUUUAGAAAGAACAAACAAAACUUGUUCGUCUGGAAAAUAUGUCGAACUCAACUGUCAAGAAUUUAGUUGUGGAUCCAGAGGAAUGACGGGCGGUGCGGACGGUGAAGCAAGUUUAGUCAGCGGAAUGAGUGCAACAUCAGGACAGUUGCCAUCUGUCGCACUCAUGUACAACAUUCGAAACCUUCACAGUUGUACCGCAAACGUUUUAACACCCAGAUGGGUAUUGGCAAGUUAUAAUUGCUUAAAAAUGGGCAGUCGGAACGUAAAUCAACAAGAUUGGAAAUUAUUCGUGGGUUCGACGGUGUUCGAAGCGGAAAAAGAAAAUGCGGAAACUCGUAGGAUCGUCAAAGUGGUGCCCCACCCACAAGUCAAGUUCAAUCAAUUUUUGUUCAGCAACGAUUUAGCUUUGGUUAAAUUAGAUGAACCGUUACAAUUCACGGCUAACGUCGGAGCCGUUUGCUUGCCGGAACAGGAAAUACAACCGAGACAAAUUUGCGUGACCGCGGGUUGGGGUUUGAACGGACCCGAAGAUAAAAAUAUCACUCAACAACUUCAAUAUUUGCCAAUGCCAACGAUGAAUUUGACGGAUUGUAAUUCGACGGAUCAUUAUUCGGGUUUCAUAACGGACGAUAAAAUUUGCGCCGGAUCAAACGGAGGAAAACAAUCUCUGUGUUACAACGAAGAAGGUGCACCAUUGAUGUGCAUAAACGACAGGGGCGAAUGGGAACUUCAGGGAGUGUUGAGUUACCACAGCAAUUGCGGUAAAGGAUCGCAUCCGUCGAUAUUCAGCAGCAUCACACCGGUCAGAGACUGGAUAAAACAAACCAUCGGUAAUGGUUUUGAUAAAAAGAUGACGUCAGCAACGAAAAGAUGA